CUUCUAAGAACCUCGGUUUUGUGAAUUUUCUUAUUUACGACUCAUCAAAAUGAAAAUCGCAUUGCAAAAUGUGAUUUCCAUAUUGGUUUUUGCAGCAUAUAAUUAUAUGUGCCUUGCUAAGAAUUCUGUUAUGAUAACUGCUUUGUUUAAUGAGGAGGAUAGCCAGGCGAUUAUGCCGAUGAGAAGUGUGAUUUACACGAAAAAUUUGGUCGAUCAAAAAUUGUUUUACAAACUCCAUGUAGAAAAAGUUUCGGAAACUGACAGCUUCGCCUGCGUCAAACAACUUUGUAAUUUAACUGCACUCAACAAUGAUGUAUUUCAUGGAAUCGCCGUAGUGUUUGGACCUUCAUCAAUACCCUCAUCUGCUAUUCUACAAUCCCUAACUUCUUAUUAUGAGAUUCCGUAUAUUUUGACUAGUUGGAGACCUGCAGGUUCUGCUGUGUCUCCUACAGUUCUAAACUUUUUCCCUGAGGCUGACUUGUUUGCAAAAGGCAUAGCCGAAAUUGUUAGAAGUUUGCAAUGGGAUAAAUUCGUAAUUGUGUAUGAGACUGAAGAAGGAUUAAUCAAAUUACAAGAGGUUUUGAAACUGCAGGAAUACGAGGAAGGCGACAAGAUGGUCAUUACUUUCAAGCAACUCGGUCCAGGCCCCGAUUAUAGACCAUUAUUGAAGGAUUUAGUAACGUCAUCUAUAACAAGAGUAAUAUUAGAUUGUCACCUAGAUAGGAUAAUGGAUGUACUGCUUCAAGCCAAGGAAGUGCAUAUGUUGGAAAUCUUCCACAGUUUCUUCCUCACAUCCUUGGAUGCUCAUACCUUAAACUUUGAUAGUCUUCAAACCGGAGCCAAUAUAACAACAAUUCGACUGUUCGAUACCGCGACCUCUGAUUUCAAAAAUGAAGUACGCAACUGGGAGUUAUCUGAAUAUCACCACAAUAGAAGAGUUGAUUUGAAUCCGCAAAUGAUAAAGACUGAAACAGUAUUGAUUCAUGAUGCAAUUCUGUUGUUUAUCGACUCUUUAAAUACAUUGCAAUUAACCCAAACCAACAUCAGUACCACACCAAUUAAUUGUAAUGGAACUGAUAAAUGGCGUGAUGGAUUUCCAAUCAUGAAUUUUAUGAGAAUUAAACAACCAAUGCAACCUUGUCUGAGCGGCCCACUAGAAUUUGAUAAAGUCGGUCGACGAAUAAACUUUCAGAUAAACUGUGUGGAAAUUCUACAAAAUAAAACUAUCGCAUCUUGGACUCCGUCCGGUGGUUUAAAUCUUAGCAGGAAUGCCGAGGAGGCAAGUCAAAUUAUUUUGGAGAAUUUACAGAAAAACACUGUCAUUGUUGCUGCCAGAAUGGGUUUACCCUAUUUGACGGAAAGGAAGCCGCAGUACACAGGAGAAGUACUAGUAGGAAACGCCAGAUAUGAGGGUUACGCAAUGGAUCUUAUUGCUGGGAUUGCUGAGAUUCUGAAUUUCACAUUCGAGUUCAGGAUCAAUAAGGAUUAUGGGAAACCUGAUCCUAAUACUGGCAAGUGGAACGGUCUUAUUGGGGAAGUAAUUGAAAGAAAAGCUCAUCUUGCAAUUUGUGAUUUGACUAUUAACCAUCAACGGAGAGAAGUUGUCGAUUUCAGUAUGCCGUUUAUGACUCUUGGUAUUGGUAUAUUGACAAAACGUCAAACCAAAAAGGAUGUGAACAUGUUUGCUUUCCUGGAUCCAUUUUCGGUUUCAGUUUGGAUAUACACGGCUACCUUGUAUCUUGCUGUAUCUGUCAUUCUAUAUUUUGUUUCAAGAAUGACACCUGGAGAUUGGGAAAAUCCACAUCCAUGUGAUGAGAAUCCUGAAGAGUUGGAAAACAUAUGGGAUAUUAAGAAUUGUCUAUGGUUAACUAUGGGUUCUAUUAUGACACAAGGUUGUGAUAUUCUUCCUAAAGGUCUAUCAUCCCGUAUGGCAACGUCAAUGUGGUGGUUCUUUUCGUUGAUCAUGACCAGCUCUUACACAGCAAAUCUGGCAGCCUUCUUGACCAUGGAAAGAAUGGAACCUUCAAUAGACGGUGCUGACGCCCUGGCCAAAUCCAAUUACGAGUACGGCACAGUGGACGGCGGUUCCACCCAAGCCUUCUUCCGUGACUCAAAUUACUCCACCUACCAGAGAAUGUGGCUCUUCAUGAGCAGCCACAAGCCCAGCGUUUUUGAAUCCAGCAACGCAUUAGGUGUUGAAAGAGUGCUGAACGCCAGGAAAGUCAAGUACGCUUUCCUGAUGGAGUCCACGCAGAUCGAGUAUUACGCCCAGACUCACUGCGAGUUGAGACAAGUCGGUAACUGGUUGGAUUCGAAGGGAUACGGAAUCGCAAUGCCAAUGAAUUCACCAUAUAGAAGCGAAAUAAAUAGGGCAGUGCUAAAGAUGCAAGAGGACGGGAAGCUGCAAAUGUUGAAGACCAAAUGGUGGAAGGAAAAACGCGAACAAAAGGUGCAAUGCGAGUCGGAUGGUAAAGGGAAUUCGUCAGAGCUCGCCUUAGCCAACGUUGGUGGUGUCUUCUUGGUACUCGGUAUAGGAGUUGGGGUAGCUUUUAUUGUAGCUAUUUGUGAGUUUUUGUGGAACGUUAGGAAUGUUUCGGUGGAAGAACACUUAACGUAUUGGGAAGCCCUGAAAGUUGAGCUAAAAUUUGCCUGCAACAUAUGGAUUACAAAGAAGCGCACCAAACCACAGAUAUCUGAAUCCAGUUCGUCUAAAAGUUCGGACAGUGGAGACAACAAAAGCAUUGCACUUAGUAUUUUACAAAACCCUGGAAGUCUCCUACAUGGACCUGGAUGGAAAAUCGGAUCAAUUCUUCAUUUGGACAACGACAAAGAUGACAAGGAUAAAGAAUAAAUAAUAAUGUAUAUUGUAAAUUAGUUUCAAAUAAAUGUAAUACAAUGAUAAGAAGA